AGGUCCCUACUGACACAAGGGCUGUGGACCCCAGCUCCCACUCCGCCUCUCAGCUGGUGACGGCUGUGACCGCCUCCCAGCUGGUGACGGCUGUGACCGCCUCCCAGCUGGUGACGGCUGUGACCACCUCUCAGCUGGUGACGGCUGUGACCGCCUCCCAGCUGGUGACGGCUGUGACCACCUCCCAGCUGGUGACGGCUGUGACCAUCUCUCAGCUGGUGGCGGCUGUGACCACCUCCCAGCUGGUGACGGCUGUGACCGCCUCCCAGCUGGUGACGGUUGUGACCACCUCUCAGCUGGUGACGGCUGUGACCACCUCCCAGCUGGUGACGGCUGUGACCACCUCUCAGCUGGUGACGGCUGUGACCACCUCUCAGCUGGUGACGGCUGUGACCACCUCCCAGCUGGUGACGGCUGUGACCACCUCUCAGCUGGUGGCGGCUGUGACCACCUCCCAGCUGGUGACGGCUGUGACCACCUCCCAGCUGGUGACGGCUGUGACCACCUCUCAGCUGGUGGCGGCUGUGACCACCUCCCAGCUGGUGACGGCUGUGACCACCUCCCGGCUGGUGACGGCGGCGUUUAUGAGCGCCGUCAAGAUGGAAGCCCGCCCACACUGUGGCCCACCAGUGGACCAGCUGGAACAACUUGCGGCUAAUUCAAACACGGCCGCGGCUCUCCGCAACGACCGCUACAGUGACCACGACAGUGACCGCGACAGUGACCGCGUGUUGUAG